AUGUGGGUCGAUCCGGAAACCCCGUUGGAGUCCUACACGUGGAAGAGUUCGCGCGGAGAGACCUGGGACCUCGUGAUGAGCGACGAGUUCAACUUCCCCGGACGGUCUUUUCGACCUGGAGACGAUCACAUGUGGACGUCGAUCGAGAAACCGGACGGCGUGAACGAGGCGAUGGAAGUCUACGCGCACAAUAAAACCACCACGGCGUGUGACGAGGCCAGCGGCAUCUGCAGCUUCCAGAUUGAACUGGAGGACUCGGUCACUCAGCUGCAAGUGUGGAACAGCUUUCUGCAGACGCCGGGCUUCGAGAACGUCACGUUUUUUUAUCGUGGGGGGAUGGUGCAGUCCUGGAACAAGUUCUGCAUGCAAGGAGGUAUGAUCGAGGUUCGAGUCCAGCUGCCUGGAGCUCUCUCAGAGUCCUCUGGCAACCCCGACCUGCUCUUGGACUCCAGUGCGCGCGCUCAGUCGCUGCGUUAUUACCCGACGUGGCCUGGAAUCUGGUUGCUAGGAAACCUUGGAAGGGCGAUUUUCAGCGGCUCCACGAAUCGGAUGUGGCCAUUCUCCUACGACGCUUGUGAUCCGGACGAAUUGACGCCGAGCAACCAGCGUAUUAGCGCGUGUGACGCGGACCCAGGCUCGGGAAUGAACCCGUAUCAAGGUCGUGGUGCGCCUGAAAUCGACAUCGUCGAAGGAGGAGGGACGACCAUCUCGUCGUCCAUCCAAGUGGGCCCUGGAAUGCCGCCGGACUUCCGCGUCGUAACGCCAGAGGGCGAGAACAAGCUGUGCAUCUACUCAAGCUCGUGCAAAACGCCCGGCGCCAACAUCCCAGGAAUUCCCGAGAGCGUCUACGUCGGGGCUCGUGGUCAUCAGUCGUGGUAUCAGAAGCUGCGCUACGCUUCCAACAAUUUUUGCCAGCAGAACGCCAGCCUCAUUCAACGAUAUACCACGGUGGAAGCCGCGCUGAAAGCUGGGGUUGAAGACAACGUGUGCUCCGUCGACACGUGCCCAGGAUCUCUGGAUAUCAAUUCGGACCUCAACUACAUGCACGAAGAUGGCGACGAUCGCUGGGGCAUCAACUCGAACGGCACCUGCUUCUCUGCUAUGAACUCGUACAUGGGCGAAUUCAUCUGCAGCGCUGGAAAUCCCGACCCCAGCUGCAAACCCCUCGACGACACGCCGGUUCUUCCCAGUGAUGAAUCAACUUUUGCCUUCCAAAUGGACGCGCUGUCCGCGAACUGGCCGGUGCACAUGGGGGUGUACACAGGCUUCGUCCGGUACCAGGUGGAGUGGGUCCCCGGCGCCAAUGGCUACGUGCGCUGGACGCUGGAUGGAGACCCGUUGUUCGAGAUCCCAGCCGAGACCAUCACGAACCCUCCGCAAGGAGCGAGCGUCAAGAACCCCCGCAAGAUCAUGAUCGAGGAGCCUUUGUACCUCAUCUUCAACGUGGCCAUGUCCAGCAAGUGGGGCGCUCAACCGCCCAACCCGAAGAAUCCGUGUCGUGGAGAUGGAAUGGACCCUGUAGCUAACCGCAUCUGCGACGCGUUCCCCAUGUACUUGAAGAUCGACUACGUCCGCGUGUACCAGGACUUGUCGCCUGACUCGAUCAUGAGCGUGGGCUGCGACCCGAAGACGCACCCCACGCGCCAGUGGAUCCUGGAUCACCUGGACGAGUACGAAGACGAGGAGAACAAACUCGUCGAGGUGCACGGGAGGGCCUUCUGUCGGACGGACGAGGACUGCACGUGUUCAAGCACUACGUGGUCUGGACCGCGCUGCAUCACAGAGCGCAAGGUGAAGCAGCAGCAACGACAGCAAUACGAAUUGAUGCGCCGACAGUCCGGCCGACACCUCCAAAGCGCGUGGUCAUCAGAGUAA